AUGUAUAAAAUCGCCAUCACCGAAGUGAAUGAAGCCGCAACUGCUACCGAGACCAACCCAGCCACCAAGCUUCCAGCGUCUUGGGCGCUUAUCCUGUUUGAGCUUGAUGAAAAUGGCGUAUAUCUGCAUCUUAAGAGAGAUGGAGCGGAAGGGUUUUGGAGUGCAAUAAGGAAAUUGGAAAUUUCGAAAACGGAUGAAAAUAAUCCUCUCCUCAUUCGGUCAGGAGGAUGGGGCUGUUAUCUUAUACUUAACGACGGAGAUGAUGGGGACGGCGAAGAUGACGAAUUCGACACUCGUUGGAGAGACGCCUUCUACCUCGGAUCAUAUAAACAAAUUUCCGAGCAGCUUGCCUAUAGAAUGGUCAUGGGAUUCGGCGACAUAAUGGAGAACAAAACUAUUAAAGGCGAACUCACUAUAGAGGGUAAGCGGUCCGCCUUCGUAGGAAAAGUCGACAUUCUUCAAGGAUCCAAGCAGAACAUGUGGAUCCUAAAAACCGACAUCUUACGUGAGUUUCAUAAAUACAAGGGUACAGGCAGGGCUGAAGAUAUCGGCGUUGACGUAAAUGUCUUUUUCUGGACGCAUGGCUAUGUCGGUUCAGAGAACAGCCUCUGGUGUGGUUGCAAAGAAUGUUGCGCGAGCUCAGAUCCAGUAAAACUGUCAAACCAACCUUGA